GAAGAGGAAGACCCCCUGCCCCCCGCCAUUAUUAUUCCCCCCCCACCUUGCCUUUUGCUCCCCGCGGAGUUCCAAGUCCCGCCUCCACUCGUAAUUCCCCCACGAUUCUCCUCCCACCACCACCACCAGCUGAUUUCGCGCCUCUCGUUCGCGUUCUCCGUCUCAUCCUUCCUUUUGCCGGUGGGUUUCCGGUCGAGAUAGCGGAGGGUUCCUGAUUCAGAGGGCGGCGGCGGCGGUGACGACGACGAGGAGGAGCUCCGACCUCGAAGCGCUUCGGUCCGAUUCCUCCCUUGCGGUCGCGCGUGUCUGACGGACGAGUCGUUUUUUGGCGGGAGAUGAGAGAUCUGUGCCUGGACCAGAGAGAAAUGGCGUCGGGGAGCUCCAGGGUCGAGGCCCGAGCUGAUGCGGAGAUGGCGCUCUACAACGAGCUCUGGCAAGCCUGCGCUGGUCCUCUCGUCGCCGUCCCUCGUCAAGGCGAGCGUGUCUUCUAUUUUCCCCAGGGCCACAUCGAGCAGGUCGAGGCCUCCACCAAUCAGGUCGCCAACCAGCAGAUGCCCCUCUACAAUCUUCCCUCGAAGAUCCUUUGCCGUGUCAUCAACGUCCAAUUGAAGGCUGAACCGGACACUGAUGAGGUGUUUGCGCAAAUAACCUUGCUUCCCGAGGCGAACCAAGAUGAGGACUCCCUGGACAAGGAACCCCCUCCUCCGCCUCCUCCGAGAUUCAAGGUGCAUUCUUUCUGCAAGACCUUGACUGCCUCGGACACCAGCACUCAUGGUGGAUUCUCAGUGUUGAGACGUCAUGCGGACGAAUGCCUCCCGCAACUGGACAUGUCAAAACAACCUCCUACGCAAGAACUAGCCGCCAAGGAUCUGCAUGGGAAUGAAUGGCGUUUUCGACAUAUUUUCCGAGGCCAGCCAAGGAGGCACCUACUGCAAAGUGGUUGGAGUGUUUUUGUGAGCUCCAAAAGACUUGUCGCUGGGGAUGCAUUUAUAUUCCUAAGGGGCGAAAAUGGGGAACUUCGUGUAGGUGUUAGACGAGCUAUGAAACAGCAAGGCAACGUUUCACCAUCAGUCAUAUCUAGUCACAGCAUGCAUCUUGGUGUCCUUGCUACGGCAUGGCAUGCCAUUUCUACAGGAACCAUGUUCACUGUUUACUACAAACCUAGGAUAAGCCCUGCUGAGUUCAUCAUCCCUUAUGAUCAGUACAUGGAGUCUCUCAAGAAGAAUUACUCCAUUGGCAUGAGAUUCAAAAUGAGAUUUGAAGGGGAAGAAGCUCCAGAGCAGAGGUUUACUGGAACAAUAAUCGGCAUUGAAGAUGCUGACCCAAAAGGGUGGCGAGAUACAAAAUGGAGGAGUCUCAAGGUGAGAUGGGAUGAGAAUUCUGCCAUACCUCGUCCAGAAAGAGUAUCACCUUGGAACGUAGAACCUGCUCUGGCUCCUCUUGCUCUAAACCCUCUUCCAGUGUCCAGGCCUAAAAGGCCCAGGUCAAGCAUAUUGCCCUCGUCUCCUGAAUCUUCAGUUCUUACUAGGGAAGGUUAUAUAUGUAAAGUAGCUGCAGACCCUUCAUCUUCAAAUGGGCAUUCGAGGAUCUUGCAAGGUCCAGAAUCAUCAACCUUGAGAGGAAUUGCCACCGAUAAUGAUUUUGAUGUCGUGGAUAAGUCUGUAAUGUUUACACCUUCAAUGGAGGAAGAAAAGAUUGAUAUGCUUUCUGCUUCUAAAAGACACGGACUGGAUAGCUGGAUGACUUCAGGCAGGAGGGGGCCAACCUGCGCUGAUUUACUAUCAGGUUUCGGUGGAAAUACUGAUGUCUCCCAUGGGUUCAGCUUGUCCUCCGAACAAUCUUCUGCAGCUAAUCCAGCGAGAAAGCAUUUAGUAGAUCAAGGAAGGAAGUUUCAUAUAAUUGGGAAUUCUUGGUCCAUGAUACCUUCUAGUCUAUCGCUUAACUUGUCAGAAUCUAAUAGAAACAGUUCUUUACAUGGAAAUGAUAUGCACUCUCCGCGAGGUAUUGGGAAAUAUAGUGGGUCCAAAGAAUAUCCAGUUGUUCAUGGCCAGAGAGUUGAGCAGCCACAUCAGAACUGGGUGAUGCGUCCACCCAUGUCGCCUCAUUUUAAUUUUCCUCACGCAAGUGAGUCAAUCUCAAAGUCUCCCUAUGCACAACAGCAUGAAGCCAUUAAAGCAAAGGGAGGCAACUGCAAGCUCUUUGGAAUUCCUCUGGUCAGCAAUCCUGUUAUGGCUAAGUCUGCUGUCUCAGUUAGAAGCGCGACAAAUGUGUUCACGGACCAUGUGGAUUCCCCAUCAUGUCAAGCUCAUGGGUUUCGACUGGAUCAGCCAACGGAGCCACUAAAUGCAGCAAAUGGUGGAGAUGAUCUGGUUGCCAAUGAGCUGGAGAAGGAGAAGCUGUUCCAGAAUAGUCAACCACAUAACAGAGAUGUCCAUCAUAGGGUUCAGGCUAGCUCAACUAGAAGUUGUACCAAGGUUCAGAAGCAGGGGAUUGCACUUGGUAGAUCUGUGGACCUAGCCAAGUUCAGCAAUUAUGAUGAACUGAGGGCUGAAUUAGAUCAAUUAUUUGAAUUCGGUGGGGAGUUAAUGAAUCCAAGAAGCAACUGGCUAAUUGUAUAUAAUGAUGAUGAGGGUGACAUGAUGCUUGUUGGGGAUGACCCGUGGCAGGAAUUUUGUGGCAUUGUCCGAAAGAUUUUUAUUUAUACUAGAGAGGAGGUUCAAAAGAUGAAGCCAGGGACUAUUAGUGCCAAAGAUGAGGACAAUUUGAUGGUCGAUGAAGGGGUGUUUUCAAAGAAAAUGACUUCGGACACGCUGCCUUCGGCGUCUGACCCAAAGAACUGUUAAAAUUCUCUCAUGUCUGUGAGGUCUUUAAAGUCAUUGGAGAAGCCUAAUCCAGCCGCUACAGUUCCCUGAUGCUGAAAUUCAUCUUUGUCCACGGGGACUGCACAUAAUCUUCUCUGUCUAUAUCCUCUGUGCUUCAGUGACCAUUUUCUGCCCCGCAAAGCCGUAUUUGUAUCAUCAAUGGGAUUCUUGGAUUUGGCUUCAAGAUGCAUGGGUGAGAGCUUCCCCCUGAGGAGGCCAGAGAGCUUGACAGAGAACUACGGCAGAUUGAAAAGGAGAGAAAUGAGGCCUGUUCGUAUUCAGCAUUUUGAGAAGGAAUGUUGAAUAGGCCAGGGGAGUUGAAAUGGAUCACAACUGGGGGGGCUUCCGCAGCGAAUGGACUUCACUUUACAGAGUAGUCGUUGCCUACCUCUUCAUGGUGUUUGGUUACUACUUAAGCGUGUCAUCCGCUUCCUGAGGAGGAUAUUAGCUUUAUGCGGCGAGUUUCGAUUGUUGCUGAUGUAGUUGUGGUGGAUGAAUGAUGAUAUUUGGAUCAUACUGACAUUGCGGAUUUGAUGAUGAAUGGAGAGGACGGCAGAGCAGUUUUUGCUUAUGGGAUUUUUGACGAGGAAGUUGGUGCAGGAGGUGAGCAAGAGUCGAAGCAAAAGAGAGCCAAGCUAUGCUGAGUGCCUUUUUUUUUUUUUCCUCUCUUAAGAUUGGACUGACCCGAACACCCUUCUGUUUGGGUUUUCUUUCCGGCGUUCAAGUCAGUUUCUCACAACGUCAAUCUCUCCCCCACGCCACAAACCCCACCCCGCCGGGGCGGGGGUUAUAUCUUGGCUUCAGAUAAUCUCAGAUAUCAGGUGGUCGGCGAAGUGUAGGGAAAAGGACAGAAUAGGGAUUGUCACUGCUCAACCCUAUUUGUAUAUGGUUACGGAAAAGGGAUUGUUACUGGUCAACCCUAUUUGUAUAUGGCUGCUUUGGGCGUGUGAACCUAUAAAAAAAAUUGCGUCUCCUCGUUCGGUACUUUUUAUGGCAUGACACUAAGAAAAGGGAACUUUUGUUCCGAAAUUCAAAGAAAACAGGUUAUAACCGA